AUGACUUUGGUUCAUUCGAUUUAAACUUUCAAACAAAUACGACCAGAAAAAAUUUUCAAAAAAUUUGUACUAAAUUGUUUUGUUAAAAUAUUCUAUACCAAACCAUGGAUAUUGAUUAUUCCACGUAUGCUCAGCUCUCAGGCUUUUCCUAUAUGCCCACUCCCGAGGAAUACUAUCCGGAGAUGAGGGGCGGAGUGCAGCAGCCGCAACAGCAGAGCGGCGAUUUCGAUCAGGGGUCCAGACAGAUGCCCAAUCAAGAGCCUCCUCCAGCACCUGUUCAAAAUCGGUACCAUCAGCGGACUACUAUGGACAUGUCCGAUGGCUUUAAGGCCGAUCCCUACCUUCCAGUUCGCCAACAAUGCACCAGUGCCUCUUCGUAUCGCUGCAUGAUGAGGGAACAAAAGCGAGCCAAGGAAAUGAUGUCCCGCAACGGGCUUUAUUCACCCAACGAAGCCUCUGCGCGUUUCAGUGGCGGAGAUGCCAAUUACUAUUCAAAUUAUGCAGAGAGCAACAGGGGAAUGGAACCGAGCGGUAGAAAUUCAUAUUGCUGAUAUAUAGUAUUCAAAUUUGGAGUUGAAAAAGUUUGUAAUAAAAUGUGGCAAAAAAAUA